AUGCUUGCUAAUAAGUAAUAACAAUUCAACCCAUCAUAAGGUAGGUAAUAAAUGUUCCAAACUCAUAAUAUGGAAUUGUAUAAUAAAAUUAAGGUUAACCGGAGAAUAUUAAACAAAUACCUGGUACGUUCAUAAUCCUGUUUGUUCGCCGAGUUCUGCUCAGUAUCCUCAGAUUCUGAUGCUCCAUUUUCUCCCUUGGAUCUGACUAUGCCACUGGCAGUUAUUUCCUUCAUUUUAUAGUCUGAACAUGGUUUCCUGCAAUGGCCAAAAGUCCAAAACAGUAAUUGAAGGAGACAUGUUUUUCCGUACAACUGCUGAUGACUUGUUUCCAUAUUCAAUAUGGAAAAUUUGUUUACGUUUUUCAUUCCAAGAGACCAAAGCACAUGAGGUCGUGGCUGUAGCUGGGAAGUGAUAGCUCUUCUUGCUCGUAGAUAUAGAAACUGAUGCUGCUGGUUUUGAUGAAUGGUUUGGUAACUGUUGAAGUGCUUUGUUCAUUUCCUGUUUGAUUGCCUCUUGUAGGGAUGAAAUUGCAGUAUGAUUCAGUCAUCCUCUAUUCCGUUUCCCACAAGUGACCCUCGCUUGCCGAUUGCCACUUUCACGGGAUGUACGAUAGCUUUCUUUUUAUAAGGAUUUUUCGGGGUAUUUUAAAUAACUUUUUCCUUCUUGUUUGAUUGCCCUGUAUAGAUGUACGGAGUUUUUCUCUACAAAAAACUACCGUCAUUUUAAUGGAGUCCAAACAGGGGCUCAAAAACAGCUUCUUUUUCUUUUUCCUGUCAUGUAGAAAAUGAUAUUAUGACCAAACUUGGAAUUCAAUCUCCUCCAAAGAAAUCUCGAGUUAAAAAUAAAUAAAUAAAUUGGUGAUAAUUAUUUGGCUGAGGUUCUGUUACGUUUUGAGGUUGCAGGAACAUCUAAUGACCCUAAUGGUGAGAACUAUAAACAAUAUGAAGUAGCUAACUUUCUUUUUCAUUGUUUUAGACGAAAUAAAUGAGUUGCUGCCAAUUUUGACAAAAAUAACCGAUAAAGACCUGGAUUUGCAUUUUUUUUCUCUGCUCAUUGAAGACAGACAAUGACUUCAGAGGUUCUUAACACUCCAAAAGUCUUUGGUAAUAGAAUGCUGUCUUCCAGCAAGAAUGGACUUAGGGAGUGGACUUGAAAUUCUACCCCAUUACUUGCAUCUAUAAAUUACAGUUUCAUAGCAUCUAAAAUAAUCCAAACACAGACUAAAUCCCAGUUUACUAAACAUGUUGAAGUACCCCAUUUUUACAUUUUUCUUGUUCCUACCUUUUCUCUUCUUUGUUUGUCUUAAACCUGCUUCUGCUUCUUUUGCAGAAGCAAAUGCUCUACUGAUAUGGAAAGCCACUUUCAAAAAAGAGAACAAUUCCAUUCUAACUUCGUGGACUCAUCCAAAAGCAAGUGGUAGUCCUUGCAAUUGGUUUGGAGUUUUUUGCAGCAUUGACGGAAGUGUCAACAGCUUGAACCUCACAAAUGCAAAUAUUAAUGCCACCCUCUAUAAGUUUCCGUUCUCGUCUCUCCCAAAUCUUGCUUCUAUCGAUUUCUUCAUCAACCGACUUUUUGGCACCAUUCCACCUCAAAUAGGUAAACUCUCAAAACUCGUCUAUCUUGAUAUAUCCAAAAAUCAGCUUACAGGAACCAUCCCAUCAGAAAUAGGCCGACUAACUAGUCUUCGAACUCUUCAUUUGGUUGAAAAUCAAUUUAAUGGCUCGAUUCCUUCUGAAAUAGGCCAACUAGUGUCUCUAAGUGAGCUUGCAUUGUACAGUAACAAAUUUGAUGGUUCAAUUCCCGUUUCUUUUGGCAAUUUGAGAAACUUGACCUUUUUGUAUCUUUAUAAUAAUUCUCUUUCUGGAUUUAUGCCCCCUGAAAUGGGAAAUCUCAUCAAUCUUGUAGAGGUUUUCAUGUACACUAACAUGCUGACGGGCCCCAUACCUCCCACUCUAGGGAACUUGAAUAAACUGCAAAUUUUUGAUCUUUUCGAAAAUCAACUUUCUGGUUCAAUCCCUCCUGAGUUGGGAAAGUUAAAGUCACUUGAAAUCCUGAGCUUAGCCAAUAAUAAUCUAACUGGUUUGAUCCCAGCCUCUUUAGGCGAAGCUACAGGUCUAAUCACUCUGCACCUCUAUGCUAAUAACCUUUCUGGUCCCAUCCCAAGAGAGUUGGGAAAUCUGAAAUCUCUAAGUGACCUAGAAUUGAGUGAAAAUAAAUUGACUGGACCCAUCCCUGCUUCAUUAGGUGACCUGAGCAAUUUAGAAUAUGUGUUCCUUCGUCAGAACCAACUUUCCGGUCCCAUUCCAAGUGAACUAGGAAAACUGAAGAAACUUGUCUUCCUAGAAAUGGAUGAAAAUCAGUUUUCUGGUCAUUUGCCUGAGUUAUGCAGUGGUGGGUUAAUAAAACGUUUUACUUUGAGUAACAAUAGACUUUCAGGUCCAAUCCCUGAAAGCUUGAAAACUUGUUCCAGUUUGACCAGAGCCCGAUUUGAUCACAACAAGUUUUCUGGGAAUCUGUCCAAAGAAUUCGGUGUCUAUCCAAAUUUGACGUUCAUGGAUCUAAGUGACAAUAAAUUUUAUGGUGAACUCUCUGACAAUUGGGGUAGUAGCAAACGACUAGAAACACUGAAAAUAGCGAAGAACAACCUUUCAGGGAGCAUUCCUCCAGAUUUUGGAAAUUUAAAUCAAAUACAAAUACUCAAUCUUUCUUCAAACCAGUUAUGUGGGGAGAUUCCAAAGGAAAUUGGGAAGUUAGUUUUACUUCUGAAAAUUGAUCUGAACGACAAUCGACUUUCUGGGAAUAUACCUCACGAAUUGGGAUCAUUUUCAAGCUUAAAUUACCUAGACCUUUCGAGAAACAGACUGACAGGUCCAAUACCUAAAAAUUUUCCAAAUUCUGAGCAGUUGUUUCACUUGAAUUUGAGCUACAAUUUUUUAAGCCAAACAAUCCCUGUUCAGAUUGGUAAGUUAACUCAUUUGGCUGCAUUGGAUAUGAGCAGUAAUUCACUUACUGGAGAAAUACCAUAUGAAAUAGGAUUUUUGUCAAGUUUGGGAAUGUUAAACCUCUCGCACAAUCGCCUCUCUGGAUUCAUUCCUGAGAGUUUUCAAAAAUUGCCUGGCUCGGUGGACAUCGAUAUAUCCUAUAAUGAGUUGGAGGGCCACAUUCCUAAUGGCAAGCCCUUUCAGAAUGUGUCUAUAGAAAAACUACGAGGGAAUAAAGGAUUGUGCGGUAAUAUUGCAGGAUUGCAACCAUGCAAAGUUCCUCCUAUUAAAAACCACAAGAUAGGGAAAGGUCACAAACUCAUUUUGAUAGUUGCAAUUCCUCUUAUUGGGGCACCUCUACUUCUAUUUGCACUCGUUGGCAUCCUGAUCAUGUACGAACGCAGAAAGAGGAAUUCAAGAGAUGCAGAAGAUGAUUUGCUUUCCAUAUCAUCUUUCGAUGGAGUGGUCAUGUAUAAAGGCAUAUUAGAGGCCACCAACGAAUUUGAUGCAGCAUUUUGCAUUGGAGAGGGUGGAUGUGGAAGGGUUUACAAGGCAAAGCUUCCAUCACAAGAUACAGUAGCAGUGAAAACAAUUCAUUCCUUGUCGGAAAUGGCAAAUCGUAGAGCUUUCUUAAGUGAAAUAAGAGCACUGACAGGAAUCAAGCACCGGAACAUUGUGAAACUUUAUGGUUUCUGCUCAAAUGCACAAUACUCAUUUUUGGUCUAUCAAUACUUUGACAAAGGUAGUCUGGCCAAAAUUCUAAGUAUAGAUGAAGAAGCUAAGAUAUUGGAUUGGCCUAGAAGGGUAAAUAUCUUGCGGGGUGUGGCUUAUGCUUUGUCUUACAUGCAUCAUAGUUGUUCUCCUCCAAUUGUUCAUCGAGAUAUAUCGAGCAACAACAUUUUGCUUGAUAUAGAUUACGAGGCUCAUAUUUCGGAUUUUGGUACUGCUAAGUUUUUGAAAUGCGACUCAUCAAAUUUGAGCGCUCUUGCAGGCACAUAUGGUUAUGUUGCACCAGAGCUUGCUUACACAAUGAAAGUGACAGAAAAGUGUGAUGUGUAUAGCUUUGGAGUGUUGGCUUUCGAAGUGAUCAAAGGAAAUCAUCUAGGUGACAGUCUCAUAAAUGUUACAACUUCAUCACAUGGAGAAUUACAGUUUAAGGAUUUUUUGGAUCCGCGCAUUCUGUAUCCCAACCCCAAAGAAGAGGAGAUUUUGAUGUUCAUUGUUAAACUUGCGACUAAAUGCAUUCACUCCAAUCCACAAUUUCGUCCAACCAUGCACGUUGUUUCUGAUAUGCUUAGUGCAUCCACCACCAUCUCAGUGAUUUCUUAAAAGCAUGAAUUUUAUGAAAGUUUGCAAAUGAUGCCAAUUGUUUUUAUGUAUUUUUGUUCCUUCGAUGGAUUUUCGCUAGUUCCAAUAAAACUACGCAUCAAACUUUUCAUUGUUUAAGGUUUGCUAUGAAUAUUGUUGUGUUGUAACUAAACUAGUGGAUAUGGCAAGACUACCUUGCAGCAAGGCUUUAAAUUGUUUUAAGAUGUGGAAAGAUUUCUAUCCUUUGAUAUAUGAUUCAUCACGUCGUAUAGAUGA